AAAUGCGAACAGGGGGGGACGAUCGAGAAUCCAGACCAUCCCGACGCUCCGUCGCGACCGGCCGUGGGGAUAAGCUAGAAGCGCACGGUCGAUCGAAACGCCCGAUCGCGCGGGAAUUGAGAAACGGCCAGAUCGAACAGGCGAGGCUUCCGCUUUCCACGCGCUUCGUCUUCUUCCGAUAAAGUGAGGAAGGGCUUAAGUUAGGCAGCAAUAAUUAUGGCCGAGUUGGAGAAGUUAAAGAAAAAGCUCACGCCAUUGUUUGAUGCGGAGAAGGGAUUCUCUACCGCGUCAGGCUUGGACUCUUCUGAUUCUUACAUGCUGUCAGAUGGCGGAGCUGUUAAUUUACUUAGCAGAUCAUAUGGCGUCUACAAUAUCAACGAACUUGGAUUGCAGAAGUGCACAUCGUGGUCUGUAGAUGAAACGGAUCGUAGUGAGAAAACCUAUCAAUGUGCUUCACAUGAGAUGAGGAUUUUUGGGUCAAUAGGCAGUGGGGCAAGCAGUGUAGUCCAGAGAGCUAUCCACAUACCCACCCACAGAAUUAUCGCUUUGAAAAAGAUCAACAUAUUUGAAAAGGAGAAAAGACAGCAACUCCUCACCGAAAUACGGACAUUGUGUGAGGCACCUUGUGAGCAAGGUCUUGUGGAAUUCCAUGGGGCUUAUUAUAUACCGGACUCUGGGCAAAUAAGCAUAGCUCUUGAGUAUAUGGAUGGAGGAUCAUUAGCAGAUAUCUUACGAGAAGAACGUAUUCCAGAAGAUGUCCUUUCAGUUAUGUUUCAAAAGCUCCUGCAUGGCCUAAGCUACUUGCAUGGAGUUAGACACUUGGUUCAUAGGGACAUUAAACCUGCAAAUUUGCUUGUAAAUCUCAAGGGGGAGGCAAAAAUCACAGAUUUUGGUAUCAGUGCUGGCUUAGAGAAUUCCAUGGCAAUGUGUGCUACUUUUGUUGGGACUGUAACAUAUAUGUCACCUGAGCGUAUUCGCAAUGAGAGCUAUUCUUAUCCAGCCGAUAUAUGGAGCCUCGGUCUUGCUCUGUUUGAGUGUGGUACUGGAGAGUUCCCAUAUACAGCUACAGAUGGACCAGUCAAUCUGAUGUUGCAGAUUUUGGAUGACCCGUCCCCAUCGCCUUUGAAAUGCAAUUUUUCACCAGAAUUCUGCUCUUUCAUUGAUGCAUGUCUGCAGAAGGAUGUGGAUGCUCGGCCAACUGCCGAGCAGCUGCUCAUGCACCCAUUCAUCAGAAAAUAUGAGCAUACCAAUGUUGAUUUAGCAACAUUUGUUAGAAGCAUCUUUGAUCCAAAUGAAAGGAUGAAAGAGCUAGCAGAUAUGUUGUCAAUACACUAUUACCUACUAUUUGAUGGACCUGAUGAGCUUUGGCAUCAUACGAAGACCUUCUAUAAUGAAGGAUCAACUUUUAGUUUCAAAGGCAAGCAAUUUGUUGGUCCAGAUGAUAUUUUUGGAAGCUUGUCGAAUAUCCGGAAAACUUUAUUUGGUGACUGGCCUCCCGAAAGACUUGUACAUGUCGUCGAAAAACUGCUGUGCCGUAAUUAUGGUCAGGAUGGGAUUGCAAUCCGUGUAUCAGGCUCCUUUAUUAUAGGGAAUCAAUUCCUCAUCUGCGGCGAUGGAGUCCAAGUUGAAGGCAUGCCGCAUUUUAAAGAUCUUUCCAUUGAUCUUUCUGCUAAACGAAUGGGUAGAUUCCAGGAGCAAUUUACGAUUGAACCAGGCAAUCAAAUCGGAUGCUAUGUCAUAGUGAAACAGGAGCUUAAUAUAAUAAACUAGAGAAAUGAAAGCAGAUGGUCAUCCCCAAGACCGACCUGUGGACAUCCAUUCAGGAAGGUUUCUGUUUUGAGCUUUGAGGGGAGUGGGAUGGAUCUUUCUUCUGCUUGCAAAGGAACUUCAGUAUCAAACCUUCAGGAUAUUCAGAAGUGACAAGCCAGACUCCAAAUCUGUUGUGCGGUGAUAGUGGGACUGUCAUGUGCCAUCUUUCAACGACUGAUGGAGUUCAAGGAUGUCCUGCUUUUUUUUUUUUUUUUUUUGCUGCUCAGCAUAUUUUUGAUGCAGUUGCAGUAAAGUGGUUCGUUCUAUUUCUCUCCUCUCGAGGCACGACUGGUUUUAUCGGGAAACCAUUACUUCCACUGCUAAGUAAUGCCGGGGUUAUCAGUAUGGACUUCACCAUAUCAGGCAGAUCCGGGCCCUCAAGAGCAGCUGGUCAGUCCUCCUUACAAUUAGAGGAGUUGCGCCGUCAUCAGAUACUCCAAAACUUCAUUGUAAUGUAUGGUUAUUGUAAUUUACAUAUUUGAGAGAAUGCGACGAUCAUUUAUUGAAGCUGCUUGUCUUCUUCCUUUAUAUUGAUUAUUGUUGCAAUUCGUUAGAAUUUGCUUUCUUUGUACCAGUUGUGAGGCAUUAAUUAACUUCUGCCAAUAGGGUUUGGCGUUGAUGAUGGUACAGGACAAAAUAAUAAUUUGUGUUUCUUAA